CCAGCCACCACCACCACACACACUCGUAAGGGGUGAACACACACUCUCCACGUUGACACACCCCUCAAACUUGGAGGUGGAUGUCGGCGACGCUGAUUGGCUGGCGGCGCGGCGACUGACAACACCUGCUCCGCCGAUUCAUCAAACAGUGACACGCGGCCCUCGGCGAGAUAUAGGCGGCAAACCGCGCGCGCUUCCACGCUCUCUAAACUCCCGCGUGCGUCCGGCAACACGCUGCACCUCUCCCACUCUCCCUAUAUCUAUCCCUCUCUCUUCCUGCCUGUCUUUCUCUCUACCUAUUUUUCUUAUACCUCUCUCUGCUUCUCUCUCUCUCUCUUCCUCAGCUCUCUCUCUCUCUAUCUCUCUUACCCACUCUCUCUCUCUCGCUCCCUCUCUCUCUCUCUCUCCGGGCUUUUUUUUUCUUGCAGCAAUGCUGAUAGCGGUGCUGCUGCUCGUGCUCUCCGUGACGGCGCGAGCGCACGGCGGCGGCGGAGCAGCAGCGGAUACGGCUGACGCGCACGAGGCUCACGCGGAGAAAGCCGCGAGCCAGAAAGGCCGGCUGUCCCUGCAGAACACAGCCGAGAUCCAGCACUGCCUGGUGAACGCUGGUGACGUGGGCUGCGGCGUGUUCGAGUGCUUCGAGAACAACUCGUGUGAAAUCCGGGGACUGCAGGAGAUCUGCAUGACCUUCUUGCACAACGCCGGCAAGUUCGACUCCCAGGGCAAGUCUUUCAUCAAAGAUGCUCUGAAGUGCAUGGCCCACGGCCUGAGACACAAGUUCAGCUGCAUCAGUCGAAAAUGCCUGGCCAUAAAGGACAUGGUGUUCCAGCUGCAGCGAGAGUGCUACAUGAAGCACAACUUGUGUUCGGCGGCUAAAGACAACGUUAAUGUCAUCGUGGAGAUGAUACACUUCCAAGACUUAUUCCCUAAAGGGCCGUAUGUGGAGCUGGUGAACAUCCUGCUGGGCUGUGGAGAGGAGGUGAAGGAGGCUAUAGGGCGAAGUGUGCGCGCUCAGUGUGAGCAGCAUUGGGGUGCUCUCUGCGACACUCUGAGCUUCUGUCCCGAGCGCCGCCCUGCAGCCCCCUCACACCCUGAACACGAGCACCCCAAAGGCCCGCGCCAGGUCGAGAAAGAGAAACCUGGGAAAGGGGGCUCGGGAACCCACCCCCGGAGCCGUGGCCAGGGCUCGCGGAGGGCCAGCCUGGACGCUGCCAUGGCCGAACAGGAGGAGCCUGAGACCACUGACAUCCGGAGGUGAAGGGUCAGGAAUCUGAUCGUCAAGUCCUGAUCGUGACGCCAUCGCCCCAGUCGCAUCCCAGCACCGACUGAACAACAAAAAAAAGGCACACUGAAAAAUACAGUGCUUAAAAUUUACUCGAUUCAGAUUGUGUAAGUCGGUUCCACAUAAAAAAAAAAACAUCAAUAGUCAUCACUGUCAGGUUAAAGCUCUAGACAUCUAUACACAGUUUUUAAAAGCAUUUUUACAUAAGAUUCCUUAAAGAUUAAAUCAUUUACACCUGUUAAGCAAAACAUUAUGACCGCGUUUUGGUUUCUACACCCAUUUUCUACUAACACUACACUCUAUUAGACCCUCCUACCUACAGCUGCUCCACUUUGUAGAUAAAGUAAAGUCAGAAGGUCAGAAGAGACAGAAGCUCUUAAUUAAGGCUGCACGAUAUUGGAAAAAAAUUUACAUUGCAAAAUGUACAAAUGUUCUUUUUUUCGAUUAUAUAUAUAUAUAUCGCGAUAUUGAACAAUGCAGGGCCCAUGACAGCGCCGAGCACUGAAAACCCAAGGAAAACUGCAAAACAACAGUAAUCGUCCCUUUAAUUGGGCAUUUAAAUGGCUUUUUAAAAGGUAAUAAAGAGCAUUUUUCUGGAAUUAAAAGUGUGAAUUCAGCUGUAACUGGAAAUAUCUGCGCAAAACUGUGCUGGACUAAGGUGCACAGCCUUCGACACAUGCAUUUACAAGCACGUGCCCAACCAUGUGGAUGGAGACCAUGCGGUUACCUUGUGUUUACUCCUGCACUACCCCCCACUACGCUCUCCCUAUCCCCCUCACUUGUGCUUCUCAGGCAGCAGCAGUGUCACUCACACAGACACAGAGACAGCGCUGUGUAUCUACUUCUUGUGUCAAGAAUCGAAACAUUGCAACAUGACGUGUUUGAUUUAAUUGCCUUAAGUGAUAUCACACGUCCUGCGAUGUGACUAGACUAUUGCGCAUGCGCACAUCGCGAUGGCGAUGCUUAAACAAUAUAUUGUGCAGCCCUUCUCUUACUAUGUUGCUGCACACUCUGUGUUAAUUAUCCUAUAGUCCUUUAUUAGUGCCUGCAGGAUGCUGCUGUUGGUGGUCUGUUGUCAAUCCAGCCGUGACACUGAGGAGGUGUUUAAAAACUCCAGCAGCACUGCUGUAUCUGAUCCACUCAUACUAACACACCAAAUGGUGAGAAUGAACCACCACCCAAAUAAUAGCUGCUCUGUGGUGGUCUAUCCUACGGGGUCCUGACCACUGAAGAACAGGGUGAAAGGAAGAGGUUAAUAAUGUAUGCAGCUCCUAUAAGCUCAGUGGAGAUAAUGGUAAAACAAAAAUGGGUGUAGAAACAAAGAGGUGGUCAUAAUGAUAUGUAUCAGUGAUCUUUUUUUUAUUUCUCCUGAAAAGUUAUCAUUAUAAAGUGACAAUACAUGAUGAUAUCAGCACUGUCUUUAUUAUAUCCUUAUCAUACUUACAUCAGAAAUACAAUUAAUGAAUAUUAAUGUAUAAUUUAUGUCACAUGGGACCGCCGUACACGUUUGAACGUGGUAAAUUGAAGGCACUGUGCUUUUUCAGUGCAGCCCUCACCCAGUGAAGCUCUCCUCCUCUCCUUUCUCCUCUACCAGUCAUUCCAGCACUACCAGACUGUACAUUUUUUGCAGGGUAUUUGUGAUGUAGCUCAUUUUGAUACUGCAGAUAUCAUAGGUCCGAUAGAUACUUCCUGUCGUGCUCACAGCAGCGGUUACGGUUCGGCUCUAACAUAGCGUUUCUAUUUCUCACAUCGUACCCUCUGUAAGAUUUUUGAUCUCUUGUUAUUUAUUUUAUUCUUUAUGUAAUUGAUUGAAUAUAAAAAAUGUACAUAUAAAUCCAUGUAUAUCUAUAUUUAUAUAAACAUGUAUAAAUAUAGUCUUCGUAUGCAGUACGGUUAUACUAUAUGUAAUAUAGUAUAUAUACUAAAUAUAGAAUAUGCUUGUUGUAUCAGUCACAUUAUUGCACCUACUACAAUCGAACUGUAGAUAUGUAACAUAUUUCUUUUUUUGUUGUUUUUUUUUGUUGGUUUUAAAGUUGGAAAUGUGUGUAUUGUAAUUUUAAAUACUUGAUUGAUUAAAUAUAAACUGUACAGUAAACUUCAA